GACGUCGCCAAGGAAGUCAAUCGACAAAAACAAGACGUGCGACGCGACGAUAAUUUUGCGAGAGGCGAGUCAGUCGCUAUCUAUCUCCCUCUGCGCUCGUUUCGUUUCGUUUCUUGGGGCUGUUUUGGGGCACACAACUGAAAAGAAAAAACAUUCCGCAUCCACACUCAGCAGCUAUCUUUCCGAAAGGCUUACUCAGCAGAAGAGGGAGUGAGUUGCAGUAACCGUCCGUAGAACCAAAUAUCAGUUGCCAUCUCAGAGGAGGAAGAGCGCAUCCGCAUUCGCAUCCGAUCCAACCCAAACCGAUCAUGGCAACCACUCCACGCAGCGGCGGUGCCAGUGGCACUGGAACGGCGCAGCGGCCCAAUGGCACCUCGCAGAACAAAAGUUGCCAAUUCAAGUUGGUGCUUCUCGGCGAAUCCGCUGUGGGCAAGUCCUCCCUGGUGCUGCGCUUCGUCAAGGGACAGUUCCACGAGUACCAGGAGAGCACGAUAGGUGCGGCCUUUCUGACACAGACCAUUUGCAUAGAGGACACCGUCGUCAAGUUCGAGAUCUGGGACACGGCUGGCCAGGAGCGGUACCACAGCUUAGCUCCCAUGUAUUAUCGAGGAGCGCAGGCCGCUAUUGUCGUCUAUGAUAUACAGAAUCAGGACAGUUUUCAGCGUGCGAAGACCUGGGUCAAGGAACUGCAUAAACAAGCCUCACCAAACAUUGUCAUUGCGCUGGCCGGCAACAAGGCAGAUUUGUCAAACAUUCGCGUCGUGGAGUUCGAUGAAGCGAAGCAAUAUGCCGAGGAGAACGGGCUGCUGUUCAUGGAAACAUCCGCCAAGACGGGCAUGAAUGUGAACGACAUCUUCUUGGACAUUGCUAAGAAACUACCUAAGAACGAUGGCGCCAACAAUCAGGGAACCAGUAUAAGGCCGACUGGAACCGAAACAAAUCGACCGACGAACAACUGCUGCAAGUGAUGUCCCUUCGUAGAAAAUGAAAUUUCCAACGAGAGAUUUGAAAAGUUUAUGCUGAUAAUUAUAAAUAAAAAAAUUAUUUAAAAAUUCAA